AUGAAAGUUUCGACGCGUCCAAUACUUGAGACCUUUGUCUCCUCUUCUAAGACGGACCUUUAUAGGUUCCAUCCUGAUGACGCGCGGUCAUUCAUGACCAUACCAUACUGCUUGUCUUACACUCACGAGGCAAAGCGCGGCGGGAAGUCGUUGCUGGCGGUCGCCACAGAUCAAGGUUCAGUACACGUCGUAAACACCAGCAAGCGACAAAACUGGAAUUGUGGCACGUCUUUCAUCUCGCAUGCGAACGGCAUUUUCGAUGUCCAAUGGUCUCCCUCUGAUACGCUUCUGGCCACUGCAUCUGGUGACCAAACCGUUGGUAUCUCGACGCUAGAGUCGUCGGUGUCGCCUGAAAAUAGGAUAGUACGUGUUCUUGAAGGCCACUCCAGCACUGUCAAAUGUGUGGCAUGGGAACCAUCGAGGGACGGGGACAUCUUGUGCAGUGGGAGUCGGGAUGGCACCAUCCAUGUGUGGGAUCUGAGGACAGAAUGCCGUGCCGGCUCCGAUGGGCGAUCGGGAGCAGCCAUCAUGGUGUUGGGAGCGCAUGAACCUGAAGGCCAGCAACCCAAGAGAAGAAUAGGCAAGUCAAUACAUACCCCGCGGAGCGUGACGGGUAUUGCAUACACAGAGGGUGACCCUUACCGGUUGAUCAGCAGCGGAUCUUGCGAUGGAAUCCUUCGACAAUGGGACUUGCGUCAAGCACGCGGCAAAGAGCUGCAGUACGAUGGACCGACGACAACACCUCUGUGCAUGUCGUCGUUAGACCCAACAACUCUGCAGGGCACGCGCCGUCCUCGAGGAAUCACCUCCAUUGUGCCAGGGCGCGGACCCACCGCCGGACUGCUCUUUGCACUUGGCAGGGACUCCCGCAUACACACCUACUCCCUGCCGUCUCUCGACCCUCUGUCCGGCUACGUGGAAGCGCAGGAUCCCUGGACAUAUACCCACCCGGACAUGCAAACGAACUCAUUCUAUGUACACCUCGCCCUGUCACCGUGCGGACGAUGGCUCGCAAACGGAAACGCGUGCGACGGACGUGUCUUCUUGUUCGACGUUAGUAACGCUGCGUCGUCAAGACACGCGCGAAGCGGCGGCGCCCCGCCAGCGGUGCAGCUACGCGGGCAUGUUCGAGAAGCGGGCUCGCUGGACUGGGCAGAUGGCAUGCUGGCGACCUCUUCGGAAGAUACCACUGUUAGAGUGUGGAGGCCGAACAUGGAAGUUUCUCGAAGGUGCCAUGAUGAUAAUGAGGAGAUGGAAUGGGAAUGGAGUUGGGCGACGAACUAA